UCAUUGUCAAUUUCCGGGAUUCCUGGUCUAUGGUCAUUGAAGUGUUGUUUACAUUUUACAUAUUAAUUUGAUUCAUGAAUAUAAAGCUAAUUCUAACUAAACAAGCAUAAAAAUGACGGGCCAUGUUUCCAUAAGACUCGCAUCUGAACGAGUUAAUCAUUGCGUUGCCUCAAGCAAUGAUAUACCCAGGUUUUAUACGCCAGGAGAGGUUAUAACUGGAAUGCAAGAUUUCAUGCGCGGUCAUGGAACCUAUGUUGAAGAUGAUUGCCUCAAGUCCUCAGUUGCGGGUGUGAUGCAAAAAGUUAACAAACUGAUAUGUGUACGGCCCUUGAAGAGUCGGUAUGUGGGUGAAAUAGGUGAUGUUGUGGUUGGCCGAGUGGUUGAAGUGCAGCAGAAAAGGUGGAAAGUGGAAACAAAUUCUCGACUGGAUUCAAUACUCCAGUUGUCUGCUGUGAAUUUGCCUGGUGGAGAGUUGCGUCGCAGAUCUGCAGAGGAUGAACAAAUGAUGAGGAAGCAUUUAACAGAAGGUGAUCUGAUUAGUGCUGAGGUUCAAAGUGUUUUCACUGAUGGCUCAUUGUCGCUACACACUAGAAGCUUAAAGUAUGGCAAGUUAUCCCAAGGUGUGUUAGUCAAAGUAUUCCCAUCACUAAUCAAGCGUCGAAAGAAUCACUUUCACAACUUACCAUGUGGCGUGUCCAUUAUAAUUGGCAACAACGGGUUCAUAUGGAUCAGUCCGCAGCCACCAAACAUGUUGACCGAAGCCGAUAAAGAUGAAGUUACCAACUAUGAGAUGCAGCCGGUUGACAGAUCAAAUAGAGAAAUAUUAGCAAGAAUAAAGAACUGUAUAGCAGCUCUGGUUGCGUCUAAAAUGAUGCUCGACGACACCAGCAUAAUGUUUGCCUUUGAAGAGAGCCUGAAGUACGAGGGAGUGAAGGAGAUGCUGGCGCCGGAAGCGAUGCUCGACAUAGCCUUCCUAGCACAACACAGACUAAAUAAUAUUAUGGAAGAGUGACAUUUGAAGAUCUUUAACUUAAACAUGUGUAACAAGCAAUUUUUGUGCCAAAUAUUUGAAUUAUCAAAAUUGAUUAUAAUUUCUGAGAAGACAGUAAUAAAUUGGACUGAUUUUGCAUAUGUGAGUAUAUUUUUCACCUGUUUUAUUAGGUUAUAACAGUUUUAUUCCUUGAACUGUUACCACCGAUUUACGUGCUAACUUGGAACAGUAAAUGUUUAUUUUUGUAUAAUAAAUAGUUUAUUAAAAUUGCUUAAAUAUGAUUUAUUGAAAUGAAACAAAUUAUUUAUAGUAAACCUACCUUUUUAAUCGAAAUUGAAUAGAAUAAAAAUACAAUAAUAAAUAAUGUACAAAGGUAUAAAUUACUCAGUACAAUAGUAUUAAAAGUAAUGAGACAGGUAUAGGUUUAGCGCAUAACUGAGUAGGCUCCUGUGGUAGUGGCGCGGUGCGGGAGGGAGACAGUCGUCACAAGUUGACCAAUCACUGUGCUCUUUCGUCACGUCAUCACACCCCUCCCGCACCGCUCCACUACCGCAGGGACCUCCUCAGUUAUGCGCUAUGCCUGUAAGUAAUAAUUACAAUAGGUACUUCCUUGGCACAAUCGACAAUAAUCAACAUCAGUAACAAUCAUAUAUAUCACACAUCAUAAAAUCUUAGAAAAUACAUGCAUAUAAACUCCAAAUCCUACGAGUAAAGUCUUCGAAAACUCUCAUAA